CUGUGAAGUGUGUAAACCUGGUGAUUCACAGACCUGUACCCCUGGGGAUAAAAAUGUAUGUUUAUAAAAAAUAAAUAAAUAAAUAAAAAAUAAAAAUAGUAGUCUAGUAAUUUAAUGAUAAUACAAUACUAAAGAAAAUUUUUAGAACUUAUGUUCUCAGGAAUUUAAAAAUCUUUUUGUUGUUAGAAGGAAAUUUGAUAGGAUGGUCAGCUUAAAAUAUUUUCAAACACUAAAAUGUUAGGAGAAACGUAUGCAGGAGAAUAAUAAAUAUGAGAUAAAAAUAUGAAUAUAUAUAUAAUACAAAUUCAUAUAUGAGAUAAAAAUAUGAAUUCAAGGAGAAAAGGAAUGAUAGCCAAGUUCCCAACUGUGAAGGGAAAGCUUGUUUAUGUGCUUUUCAACAGGAUGAAUAAUCAUAGAUAUAAAUUAGUAUGGCAUUUACAUUUGAUUUAUAAAAGAGAGAGAUGCUACUGUCUGUAGGAACUAGCCUUGUUCUGUAUGUACAGUCUAUGCUUCAUAAUAACUUUGAAUUGAAAUACUUUGUAUUCAGUCAGAACUAGCUUCUGACAGAGAUUUCAUUUUUUUUUUAAUAAAACUUGAGUGUCAUAAUUGUAUGCACAGUAACUAAGUGUAGUGAUUUUUUUUGGAAACAUGAAGGUGAAGAAAAAUUUGAUAGCCCUGAAAAGCCCUAAAGUAUGAAGAAGAAAUAGCUAACAGAACAGCAACAGAGAACCCAGAAUAGGUUUGGUAUGUUGUACAGAGAAAGAAAAAAAGAUCCAGUGGAGAGAAUCGUAUAUUCUUAUUAAGUGAAGUAAGAACAACCCUCCUCUGAGGCUUGAAAGUUGUACUCUUGCCGUUUGGGAUAAUAAUUCAUUAAUUUAUUAAUUAGCAAAUUAAAUAACAAAUUUAUUAAUUAGCAUUAAUUUAUUAAUUAGCAAAUUGCUAAAUUAAAUAGCAAAUUAGUAAAUAAAUUUAUUAAUUUAGCACCUACCAUGUAUUAGACAUUGUUUUAGGCCCUGAGAUGAAACAGGCAAAUGACUUUUUGAUGUAUAAGGAAAUAAAAUCUAUCACGGGAAAUCAGUCACAUAGACGAAGACGUAUGUGAAAUUUAACAACAUGACAAGCAGUUCCCUCCCACUGAUUUUCUUUUAUAGCAAUUCGUAUAUGUGCCUAUGAAAACUUCUUUUCUUAUUUAAAAUGGAAAGAAGAAAUAAUUCGGAGAUUUCUGCAUGUUCACUGUAAAAUCCAAGAAGACAAAGUCAGUUUGUUAGAGGAAAGAUAUUUUAUAAAGCUACCAAAUAAACAACAAAAGGAUGACAUUAAGCUUCUAUAAGAACUGUAGAAAGAAAUUAAACUAGAUUUUUAAAAAUAGAAUAUUUAGCAAGGGAAAAUUUCCAAGCCAUUGCACAACUCACAGCACAUGAAAGUGAAAUUGUUGAAUUUAUAACAGUUGCAAAGUUAAAGACAUAAGUUCUUAGCGUAGAUUUUUUUUCUUUUUUAAAAUUAAGGCUUUAAUUUUUUAGAGUCGUUUAAGAUUCAUGGCAAAAUUGAAGGAAAGGUAUAGAGAUUUCCCAUAAAACCCCCACCGCCACACAUACACAGUCACUUCCAUUGUCAGUAUCCCCCCCACCAGCUGUUUAAUUGUUAAAAUUGAUAAACUUGCAUUGACACCUCAAAAUCAGGGGCAGUCCAUAGUUGGCAUAAGGUUCACUCUCGGCAUUGUGCAUUCUAAGGGUUUGGACAAAUGUAUCCAUCAUUAUGGUUUUGUAUAGGGUAUUUUCAUUACCCUAAAACCUACUAUUGAUUUUUAAAUUGUCUACGUAUGGAUAGUCAGUUGAUUCUUAAAAGUACAAAAAAAGAUUUUUUAAAUUUUUUUUUAUAAACAUAUAAUAUAUUAUUAGGCCCAGGGGUACAGGUCUGUGAAUCGCCAUGUUUACACACUUCAUAGCACUCACCAUAGCACAUACCCCCUCCCCAAUAUCCAUAGCCUCACUACCCUCUCCCUACCCCAGUCCCCCUCAGUUUGUUUUGUGACAUUAAGAGGCUCUUAUGGUUUGAAAAGAUGGGUCUUCAAUCACUGAUAUUAUAUCAUUAUUUUGACAUUCUACUAGUGUUCCCUAGUAGAAAUCAAAGCUAUUUUGUUCCCUUUGUGCUCAGAAUAAAAAAAUUUUCGAUCAUCCUAAACUAAUAUCAAAAUUCUUAAUUGUUCUUCUAAAUCUUCAUAAUGAAUUGCAUUGCUAUGUAUAUGUUAUUGGCAGGAGUGUUUAAAAAGUUCUUUAUCCUGUCCUACCAGUACUUUUUCUAGAAUAAUUCAAAUUUUCAAUUUGAAGAAGUGUUUCUUUUGUUUCUGUGACAGGACAGUUUGAUAUAUUUAUUAUCUCAAAUGAACUAAUAGGUUUCAAAUAACUGUGUUAGAUAAUAUAGAAGUUUAUACAUCAGAGAUAAGACAGAACUAGAACUACUUGGAAAUACUUAACUAUACAUUGAAAAAAUCAUUGAUAUUUUGAGCUUAGUGACUGAAGUGAUUGCUCAAAACUAAGAGUUUUAGAAGCCAGACUACCUUAUUAUCUUUCAGUUUUGAUUUUUAGUUCUGUUUAGAUGACAAGGGAAUGAAAUAACUACAUCUACCCCAAAUCUUGUAUUUUAACUUGGCAAUCUAUUAGCCGCAGAAAUACAGUUUAAAUUAUCAAUAACAUUUAUAUUCAUGAAAAAUAGUUAUUUUUUGACAUUGAGUAUGUAAUUCACUAAGAGUAUAUCAUUCACUAAGUGGGGAUAUUUAAUGUUUUGGUCAAUAUUUGUUGUAAAAGUUAUGAAACAUGGGCCAAAGAAUCUAAAGAGAAUGAAAAAAAAAUUUUUUUUUGUCUGUGCAGCUAGGCAGAGGACAAUUACAGUUUUCCAGAUAAAGCAAACUCACUUAAAAAAAUAUGCAUGUGAAAACAAUAUAUGCAUGUGGAGAUCUUUGGGGGGAAACAAUGGCUUGGGUUGAGGAAAAGUGGAAGAGGCCUGAGGAAAAAUUUUAUUCAUCUUGAUAUUAAAUGAAUCAGCAUACUAUUCCAUAAUCCUUGUUCUCUAAAAAUAAAGCAACAAAAAUCUUAAAAGAUUAUAAAUAUCUUUCAUCUUUACAGAAACUGUGAGACAAGUUUAUUCACUUUUUUCAGAAGAGAAAUACAGAGCAAUAAGGAAAUUGUCAACUAUAAAAUGUAGCAUUAGGCAUAUUUAUAUGAUGUGUCUAUGAAAUGUUCCUUUAGUUAAGAGUUAGAGUGUGCUUUUACCCUACAUGACCUAGAUUAUGUCAGUCUCACUUCUCCUUUUUGCUGAAAAAAUAAUAGAAAUUUUAAAUAUUGAUAAUACAUAAUGUUAAUAAUUGUGGUCACUUCUAAUGAUAUCUUAAUAAAAAGUUUCAGAAAAAUAGAUUUGAAUGACAUUCAUUGCUUUGAAUACUGGAGGAUAUAUUGAAAACCAAAUAUCUCAGUAUUAAUGUUAAAUGUACACAGACUGCUCAAAGACUGUCAUGUUGGAUUAAGAAAAAAAAUGUGCUGAUAAUAAAAGAUCUGUGGAAAACAGCAAAGGAUACAAAAAUAUCGAUCUUAAAUAAACUAAGCUGAAGUAGAAAAUAGCCUGAUAUAAAAUAUUACCGUGAGACAUAGCAGAUUUUCAGAAAAAAAAGUAUUAAUUCCACCAGAAGAUUAAAAAAAAUUCAUCUAAUAAAACAGCUUCACAGUAUAUGAACUAAGAGAUAAACACACACUACUAGAAGAUUUGAAGUUCCCUCCUUCACUAACUGAUAGAAUGGAAAAAAAAAAACAUAAUAGGUGAUUGGAAUUAGAAUUAUUAACAUCACACCCCCUAGGAUGGCUAUCCUCAGAAAUAAAAAGCAAAUGGAAGAUAUUUAUGUUAACAUUAAUAUGGAAUCUCAAGGGAAUCCCUGAAUCCAAAACAGUCUUGAGAAAGUGGAACAAACUCGAGGUUUCACAUUUGCUAAAUUUAAAACGUGUUACAGAACAACACAAUCAAGACAGUAUGUCAUUGACAUAAAGACAUGCAUAUAAAUCAAUGGAAUAGAGAGCCCCCUCAAAACCUUCAUACAGGUGGUCAAAUGAUUUUCAGCAAAGAUGCCAAGACCAUUCAACAGAAAAGGGCAAUUUUUUCAACCAAUGAUGUUGGUUUUGGGAAAACUGAGUAUCCACAUGCAAAACAAUGAAGUUGGACCCUUACCUACCAUAUACAAAAAUUAAGUAAAAAUUGAUCAAAGCCUUAAAUUUUAAGAGCUAACACUAUAACAUUCUUAGAAGAAAAAUAGGGGAGAACAUCAUGGUAUUGGAUUUGGCAGUGAGUUUUUGGACAUGGGAACAAAAGCAUGGGCAACAAAAGAAAAAAAUAGGUAAGUGAAGGCCUCUAAAUCAAUCACUAAUAAAAUACAAAGAAUCAUCUAGUGACUGCAAUCUUGGAAAAAUACUGUGAUCUUUACUUUAAAUUUCAUUAGACAUAUCUAAAAUAACAUGACUGAGGAGUAAAGAACAGCUUCAAAACUAAAUCAUACCUAUGCUUAAAUAUAUAACAUAAAUGACGUGUGAAAAUGUUCACAUGUGUUCACGUGUUGGUAAGAAAGCAAAUUGUUCCGGAUUACAGCCCGAUUUAUUUAUGUUUUUUCCUUCCAUUACAAUUACAGUUAAAAAAUAAAAAAGAAAAUAUACACGUAACAGCAAAGGAAAGAGGGAGUCAUCAGUGGAUAAAAGAUUACAAGUAUUCUGAAAGAAACUAGGUAUGAACAUUUCAAAGAAAUAGAGCCCAGGAAGUUUCAGCGCAGAAUAUAUUAGGCUUCACAGUGGAGCUGGGAAUCAAUCUUCCUAGAAGAUGAUGGCAAGGCUAUGAAGGCCCUAAAUGUAAGAUGGAAGAAGAUUUUUGGAAGUCUUUUAUGAAACUAAUGUGCCUCCUUGUCUUCUUCAUUUCAUCAUGCAGAAAGACAGGCAAUCCAGAGUGUCUUCUAAGGCCAGAAGAACAAAGGACCCACCCACUCUAAAGAAACUGAAAAUUGGACAAACUGGGAAAAAGCUUUAGAUUGUUUCUCUCCAGGGUGUCUGUCAAAAUUCCUCUUUUGAUAAGGGCACCAGUCAUGUUGGAUUAGGACCUACGCUAAUGACUUCAUUUCAAAUUAAUGGCCUUUUUAAAGACCCUAUCUCUCACAGGUAGAGGUGGGGAUGGCAGCUUGCAUUCCUGAUGCAGCUUGCUGGUGCCAGAGGGGUUGACCACAUAGACCAGAGAAUACAGUCUUUCAUGUGUAAGUUACUCUUGGAAAUCCUUGGAUAUGUUGUAAUUUUACCAUCUGGAAUUCACCAGUCACAAAAUACAUAAGCCUUCUCUGUCGCUUAAUACUUAAGUGUGCAUUUCCAAAAACAAGCAAUCAUUUUUAUUAUUAUAUGAUCAUAACGUAGUUAUCAAAGUCAGCAACUUAACUUUGAUGCAAUACCAUUACUAUAUGGAUCCAUUUUAAAGUCUCUUGUUACAUAUUGCAAAAUUUCACUCUAGAGUUUCAACCAGUUUAUACUUUUGUUGGUAGAGUAUGGCAAUUUUCAAUAAUUCCUUACCAUUUUAAAAUUGUACAUUUCUGUGGUUUUGAACUUUGCUGAAUUGAUAACCAGCUUCUUUAGAUUCAUUCCAGUAGAGCCCCUAUUUCUUUGAUGUUGUUGUUGUCGUUUAAUAUAGAUCUCACUAUCCUCCUCUGUAUUUUGGUUUUUCUUUUUCUUCAUGGAAUCUUCCUAAGAAUAAAAAAUAAAAAAUAAAUUCCAACUCUCAGAGUAUUCUAAACUUGACUGUUCCUUGUACAAAAGCAUUUUUAUCUAUUACUGUUAUCUAUUACAUUCACUUAACAUUUUUUUAAAUUAUCUUUCCAACCUCUCUAUGAUGUAAUAAUUUUGGGGAUAAAAUUAUGAGAGGUUAAUUUCCCAAAGUUAUAGAACCAGUAAUUGGUAGACUCUGUACUCCUCUUAGACUUUGUGACUUCAGAGCUAAUAUCUUAUCAAGCUGAUUAUGUGGGAAGGACAGUGACAAACUGGAUCAACAUUUGCCAAAGGGAAUUCAUACCUGCUACAUUUAAUUGUCUGGAUGAUAGUGAUAAAAGCAUCUUUCAUGAGAGAUGAUACAAUGCAUCAGACUGAAGACCCUGGAUGGGGAUCAAAGAUUAAAUGCAUUUAUGGAAAAAGAAAAAUUGGAUAGUAAGAUAAUAGUAGAAUAUUGUAACACUGCAAUGGAUCCCUCAGCAAAAAACAGUAUGUAUGUAAACAAAGUAUGGGUUCAAUGUGAGAGUGAAAGCUGUUUGAAAUGGAGAUUGUUGUCAAGUAAGGAUGCAGCCAGAGUUGACCACAAUAAACCAUGGUACUGCUUCAUGAAUGCUGAUUCAAGAUACAAUAACUGCUCUGUUUCUGAAGAAGACUUCCCUGAAGAGUCUCAGCUUCAUGAAAGUGGAUUUAAGAUUGUCUAUUCACAGCUCCCUCUUGGGAGCCUGGUUUUGGUAAAAUUACAGAAUUGGCCAAGCUGGCCAGGGAUACUUUGCCCAGAUUCUUUUAAAGGGAAAUACGUGAUCUAUGACCUGGAUGGAAAUGUUGAACAAUAUCAUGUAGAAUUCCUGGGAGAUCCCCAUUCAAGAUCAUGGAUAAAUGCAACAUUUGUUGGAUAUUAUAGUAUCACAUUAAAGCCAGAAAAAUGUAAGAAAAAAAAGAAAUGGUAUAAAAGUGCACUACAAGAAGCCCGCCUCCUCUAUGGAUAUUCCCCUGAGCAAAGACUGGAAAUGUGCCGCCUAGCCAAACAGGAUAAAUCCAAAGCAGAUGGCAAAGUUGCUGUGGUAGCCAAGAAAAGGAUGCAAGUUUCCAAAAACACAACAGAAAAGAAGAAGCCCAAAUUUAGAAGGAAAAGGAAAGCUAUUUUAAAAUGCUCUUUUGAAAAUGUUUGUUCAGAUGAUGCCUUAACAAAGGAAAACAUGGUUGUCUCUGAGACCGAAGUUUUACUGAAGGAGCUAGAGCAAAUGCUACAGCAGGCGCUGGACUCCACAGGGGCACCUGAUGAGCCCGAAGAGGAGCGUGGAGAGGAGUUAACUAAAUGCAGCUCUGAAGUCCCAGCAGGCAGUCCAUUCGAAAACCACUAUGAAGAGGACUAUCUUGUAAUUGAUGGGAUAAAAUUAAAAGCUGGAGAAUGUAUUGAAAAUAUAACUAACAAAUUUAAAGAAAUAGAUGCUCUAAUGUCUGAAUUUUAGCGUGUUAUAAAUAUUUUCAAAGGCUAGUUAUAAAGACACUUACAUGUUUAUAUUUUCCCAAAAGUCAAAAGCUUGAAAAUAGGGAAAUAGGUGUAUGUUAUACCAAAGCUAAUAUUUAUAAUAACUUUCUAUUUUAUACUUUGAGAAUAGCCAUUGUUUUGAGAAUCAAUCAAAUGGUACUUAAAUUAGUAAUAAAAAUUUAGGAUUUAAGAAGCCCUGAUAUUUGUAUUUAUAGAUUUUUUUCUUGUGUGCCUUAGUUUUAAAAUGGUUUAUAAACUUACUGCACAAACGCAUGCUUUACAAUGAUUUAUUUAGGCCCUUUAUUCAAAUGUGGCUAUUUAGAUGGCCGUUGAGGCUAUUAUAAUUCAUACAGAUAAUUCAGGUGUAGUAGAGAUGUGAGAAUGUAUAUUGGUAGUGGAAUUAAGCUACUACAAAAUAAAAGGAAAUAAUUAAAAAAAGUACUGUAUAAUAGAGUUGGUGCUUUUCUCAGAGGUGUCAGUUACCUUUUAUGGGAAAUAAUCAUUUCAACCCCGAUUCCCAAAACUGAUUAACAGAGUCUCAGGGGAGGUGGGGAGGCUGUAGACAAUCAGAAUCCUGGAUGCUUCCCCUAUUGAAUCAGUAUCUCUGAAGGUGAGGAUGGGAAAAUGCAAUGGAAAACAUAAAGAGAUAAGUUAAAUAUAGUCUCACUAAAAAAAAAUCCAUAAGCAAUGUAGGCAGGCAAAAUGUGUAUCAUGCAACAUCACUCCCUUAACACUUCCCCUACAACCCCAUCCUAUAGUGAUUCCCAGGAACAGUUUCGGUGAGUGUCCUUCUACAUCGUGUUCUAAUGCACAUCCAUCUCUAGUGCCCACACUUGCACUCUUUCCAUGCCCUUCUCUCUCCUGGGAGUAUGGGGUCAGAGAAAGGACAGUCCAAGCACAUGGAAACAAAACCAAGGCUUGAAGAGAGAAGAAAGCAGUACAGCCCCUUGGACCUAUUGCUUGUUGAAUUAGCUAGAGUGACCGUGUGCUGGUGUGAAGGUCACCACAGCAGGUGAGCUGCACUGUGUACAUAGGCUGAAGAGUUUGUAACUGCAGGGCCAAGUGGAGAGUUUCAGGCAGUGGAAUCCCUUUUACAUUUCAGGAGGAUCACACCAGCAGCAGACGAAGGUUGGAGUGAGCAGGAGUAACACCAGAGACAGGAGGCCUGUUAGGAGGAGGGAAUUCAGGUGCAAGACUUUGAGAGCCUGAGUAUGGCACAAAUGGAGAGAGUGGAAUGGCUUCCCAGCUACAUUAGCAUUGAUGGAUUAUUAGGAUUUAGCAAUUGGAUAUAGGGAUACAGCAGUAGGGAGAGGUAGGAACAACUCCUGAGUUUUUCACUGAAGGUCAGCAUACACACAAGUUAGGGGCCCCGGGUGGCUUCAUUAGUUAAGCGGCUGACUUCUGCUCAGGUCUUGAUAUCAGGGUCCUGGAAUUGAACCCCACAUUGGGCUCUGCGCUCAGCAGGAAGUCUGCUUCUUUCUCUCCCUUUGUCCCUCCCCACCUUGUGCACUGUUUUUCUCUGUCUCCCUCUCUCUCAAAUAAAUAAAAUCUUUAAAAAAUGAAUACAUGCAUAUUAGAAAUGGGUGGCGUAUACCCAGUUUGGGCCAAACUGGUAAGUGCAGCAGAACUUUCAUGCUUUGACAGAGUCUGCCUUUCAGAACCACUCCAGGAGCCAGAGUGUCAAUGAAUAAUCUCUCAAUACAUCAUAUUUACAUCUCAGUGAUAUGAAACAGUGGAAGUUAAGCCUUCCUCUUUUUCCUCCAACAGAAUUUACUCCAUAGCAUUUCAGAAAAACGUUUCUUCUUUCUCUUGGCAUUAUGAUUUUAUAUUCAGAGUCUACAGAUGUCUCAAGAAGUCAUAGAUCCCAUUUUCCUGUUACUUCUUAAAAUCAAAUCUAUAAAGAACUUAUCAAACUCAACACCCAAAGAACAAAUAAUCCAAUCAAGAAAUGGGCAAAAGACAUGAACAGACAUUUCUGCAAAGAAGACAUCCAAAUGGCCAACAGAUGCAUGAGAAAAUGCUCAACAUCCACUCAGCAUCAGGGAAAUAUAAAUCAAAACCACAAUGAGAUGCCACCUCACACUGGUUGAAGUGGCUAAAAUUAACAAGUCGGGAAAUGACAGAUGUUGGUGAGGAUGCAGAGAAAGGGGAAACCCUCCUACACUAUUGGUGGGAUGCAAGCUGGUGCAGCCCCUCUGGAAAACCAUAUGGUGGUUCCUCAAAAAGUUGAAAAGAGAGCUACCCUACUAUCCAGCAAUCAUAUUUUCCAGGUAAAUAUGUAUUUACUACUAGGUAUUUACCCUAAAGAUACAAACAUAGUGAUCUCAAGGAGUACCUGCACCCAAAUGUUUAUAGCAGCAAUGUCCACAAUAGCCAAACUAUGGAAAGAGCCUAGAUGUCUACUGACAGAAGAAUGAAUAAAGAAGAUAUUAUAUAUAU